ACGGAACCUGGCCAACCUCGCGACAAUUGCCCGCGACACGGCUCACUUCAGCCCACCACGACUACUGAUUGCGAUACCUCUCCUGCGCGGCUAUCAUCCCCGAUGGCACGCUCGACAACCUAAUUCUCGCCGCAGCCGCACCAAUUGCAACAUUUGCCUUUUCCAAAACCCGAAACGAAACACCCAUCCUCCGAAAGUCAACACCCCCCAAGAAUACACAACAGGGGACAAAGAAAGAGAAAAAGGAACAAGCAAAAUGGCGACCCAACUCCCCCCAAACAUCGACCUCACCGCCAUCCCCUCCUCCGCCGCUCUCUUCUCGUCCACCAACCACCACCACAACCACAACCACAACCACAACUACAACCACCAAUCCCCGAAACCAACAACAACCACACCAGCAAUCCCCCCCCCAACACCCUCCCCACGCCACCCCACCCCAACAACAACAACAACAGCAGCACCACCACCACCCCCCCAAGCAGCAGCCUACACCCUCCCGCAAAUCCGCGCCAUCCACCACGCCCUGCAGUCCCAGGCCGCCGACGCCGCGGGCCGCCUGCGCACCCAGGUCGGCGGCUCCUACCGCGAGCUGCUCGGCACGGCCGACACCAUCGUCGCGAUGCGCGCGGACAUGGAUGCCGUGCUGCAAGUGCUGGGGGGUAUGGGGGCGAGGUGUGGGAGGGGGGUGGUCGGGGGGAAGGUUGGGGGGUUGAGGGGGGGGGAGAGGUUGGUUUUGGGGGCGAGGUUGUGCGUGUUGGGGAGGUUGUUGGUUAAGAGUUUGGCUGGUGGUGGUAAGGAAAAGGAUGGGAAGGUGGAGGCGGCGAGGAAGAGUUUGGAGGGCGUGCAUCGUGGGAGGCUGACGAGGAGUAUCGAUGCUGUGUUGCGGACUGGGAGCGACAAGGCGAUGAAGCAGGGGGAUGUGCUCAAGGCGCUGGCGGCGUACAGUCUAGCCACGAGCUCCGGGGCGAGGGAUGUGCUGGCGCACUUUCUGCGAGUGAGGGCCGAGGCGAUUGCCGUGGCCCUGGAGUUGGAUGCCGAGGAGAGGGCGGCGAGGAACCCGAAGGAGGUUCUCAAGGCUUUGGGGCUGUACACCAAAACGCUGCUGGACGUGCAGACAUUGGUCCCGCAGAAGCUUACUGAGGCGCUGGUUGCGCUGACGCAGAGCCGGUUGCUGGAGAACGCAUCGCUGAAGGAGAUGGAAGGGCUCAGGCUGGAUGUCUACAAGAGGUGGUGCGGAGACGAGAUACAGUUUUACACGCCCUUCAUCCGCCAUGACGAUCUAGAUGGGAAGCAGGCCAGGGAGAUGCUUUCGGCCUGGGCGAAGAAGGGGGCCGAGGUCCUGCUUCAAGGCCUCGAGAAGACACUGGAGAGCAUGACCGAGUUCAAGGCCAUCGUCGAGCUGCGCACGAGCAUCCUGAAGCUGUGGAUCGCUGAGGGCGGUAAGGCGCGCGGCUUCGACCCUUCCGAGAUGCUCGACCAGCUCCGCGAAGCCAUCAACAAGCAUAUGCUGCGGGUCCUCGAAACCAAGGUAUCCAAGCUGCGCCUCGUCGGGUCCGAAGUGUCGGCCGCCCUCGAUACCUGGCGUGAAGGCAUCACCGACCGGCACCAGAGCCUCUGGGACCUCCGCUCGUUCGACACGGGCCUCUCUAACGGCGCCGCGCAGUUCACACAAGAUGUCGUCGCGCGGCUAUACGGUAGGAAUGAUGCGGUGUCCAAGGCGGACACCAGUUACAGCAGCUGGUUCCACGUUAUCGACGAUGUGGCCCAGGUGGUGGACCAACUGAAGCGGCAGCGGUGGGACAACGAUGUCGAGGAGAUCGAGGACGAAGAGACCAUCGAGGAGCGCCAGAAACUGCUCUCCAAGGACGAUCCGCUGGCGCUGAACGAGCAUCUCAACCGCCUGUUGGUGGAGGCGUUUGGGCGGCUGGAUGACCAGCUCACGACCCUGUGGGGCUCGCAGCAGGGCGGCCCGAACAAUGGCGCGGUUGCCAUGUACUUUACCCGGCUACUCAGGGGCAUCCGCGCGCGACUGCCGGACUUGGAGGCGGUCAAGGGCUUUGGCUUGGCUUCGGUGCCGUCACUCCACGAGGCGAUCGUGAAAGCGGUGGUUGUUUCGCCGCUCGAUGAGUUCGCUACCACGGCGCUGGCGCGCAAGACGGUCGUCGGCCGGAGCCUUUGGGAGGGAGAGCCGGCCCUUCCAACGUCGCCGUCUCCGGGCGCUUUCAAAUUUCUGAGGACGCUGGCCAUGGUAAUGGGUGAUGCGGGCGGGGAUCUGUGGAGUCCCGCGGCUGUCGAUGUGCUGAAGCGCCAAUUGAGCAAGCAACUAUCUGCGGCCUGGCUCGAGGCGCUUGGUGCCUUGGGUGGGGCAGAAGAGGACGAAACGAACGGCAAUGCGAAGGAGGAAGCAAACGGUGACGCGGAGACCGAGGCCGAAGAGUCAGCGGAGGGCGAGGCGGACCAAAAGGCUGAGCAAGAUUUACUUGUGCAAUGGCUCAUGGACAUCUCUUACCUGGGGCUGUUCCUCGGGUCUAACGACACGUUGAGAGAGCUAGAGAACACGGUAUCAAGGGAGUCUGGUCUCGAGACGGUCGCGAAGGAGAGGCUGGCGAAGGCAUCGCAGGACUACUUCAAGAGGACAAGCUUGCUGUUUGGCUUGCUGGCAUGAACCCCAAGCCAGCACCCGCAGGGUAUUAUCUCGCUACCACUACAAUACACACAACAUAUAACCCCCCUACAAUUUGUGCUUCUUCGCCCCAGUCGCUAUCUGCCUAAACAUCUCCUGCGGCACCCCACUCACGAACCUAUCCAGCCCAGCAAACACCUCCUUCACGUUUUGCACAUCCAUAACAUCCCUCUCCGGCCCGCGAAUCAACUUCUUAAUCCCCAACAAACUCUCCCCGACCAAAUGCUCCCCCAACCGCUCAUCAAUCUCCCGCAGCACCAACCCCCUAAACUUCCC